UUCGCCAUGCUGGCUCCUACAGCGCUAUGUUUUACUAUGCACGUUUACACUGUGUUGGAUCCGAAAUGCCGACAGUUUUGACUUGCUCUGCUCAGUGACGCUGCUCUCGGUUUGUUAUUCCACAGGCUGCUGCUCCGUGUCUGCGGGUUACUGUACCUGGAUGAUUCUAUGUAAUCGGUUGCUUUCUAACGGUGGACGGUUUGUUUGCUUUUUUUUAACGCAAUUGUUUUAGUUAAGAGGCGCUUUAGCUAUAAAACGCAAGACUUUAAAGAGACAGCAGCUUAGACUGACUGCAGAGAGAGAGGUCAACAAAACUUAACUACGGUAUUCUCAUAGGAAAGCAGUGUAGAGUUAGGAGACUGCAAGUUAACUAGAACCUAUAAUUGGGAAUUAAUCCAGAAGCGGGGAUCGGAGAUUCUUAAAAAACAGACACAGUAUAAUUUCAGUGUCAGAGAAAAAUGGUUUAACUGUAUGUAUAUGUCGGGAUUAUAAAUGUACUUGAUAUAAAAUAAGAGUUAUUUACCAAUUUGUUUGCUAUCUUUCCGCCUUGGAGAGAGGAGCUGCGUGCAGUGAGUACAACUGUACCGUAAUGAUUGUAAUAGCAGGGAGUUCACGACUGGAAGCAGAAUAAAUUGGCUAUGACACCUCAGCCACAACUUGUACAAAAUAAAUAAACCUAAACUCCAGUAAACCAACGCAGGUAUUGACACAUCACUGCGCUCAAUAUUUUUCACAUAAUUUGUAAAUAAAACAGCGUUUUCAACUCCGUGCUCGAGUGGACUACGCUUAGUUCCGGUAAAGGCGGAUAUGACGUCAUCGAAGGACGGUCAAGGCGCGAAUUGACUGGUUAACAUUGAAAUCUCGUGUUUUCUUUAUUAAAAAAAAAAAUCUCUUCAAAAAUAAGGCAAAAUGCCAAACAUGUGUGUGGCGUAUGGAUGUUCUAAGUCACCUAAAGACAACGUGACUGUAUUUAAAUUCCCAAAGGACUUGGUCUGCUUUCGUAAAUGGGAGCAACAGGUGCAGCAAACGAGAGCCAAUUGGCACGCAAAGCCAUCGUCGGAUUUGUGUAGCGACCACUUCGAGUUGGACUGUUUCGAAGUUAAACCAUUUUUUAUGCUGCAGUUGGGUGUCAGUCUUAAAUGUCCUCUAAGAUUAAAAAAAGGAGCAAUACCGUCUAUUUUUGUGUGUCCUCCGUCUGUCACCCCAGGGUGCGGACAGACAGCAGGGAAUUCUAAGCGCUCCACGAAGGAUGAUGAGCCGACUACAUCAUGCACCCCCAAAAGAAAGAGGGGCGGAGUUGCGUUUGAAAAGAGGGAGCAUGCAAGGGAUGCUGGCUGUCAGACAACAAAGCCCCAUGGACCCUCCAGAAUAAGUAAACGGACACAGACAAGGUUUUGUGGAAAAGAUAAAGUGAGAGCGGAUCAGCCUCACUCAAAGGAAGUUUCUGAGAUGGAAGCAGCUCACAUCAGCCCUGAGCUUCCUAUUCGAUGGGUUGUUUCUGCAGACAGGACUGUUGAGAUCAAGGAGGAAGUGACUGAGCUGGGGUGUGACCAGGCCAAUGAGCGGAUCCUGCAGGAGGAAACGCCACCUUCUAGCAUCACUGAGAGAGAUCCCACAGAGAGCCAUGCUGUCCCUGAAUCUGAAGCACAGGGGCCAAGGAUAGAAUCAGUUUACACACUAGAGGAGCCCUUUGACCAGGAGUGGUGUGCAAGUCUAAAGCAGGUUACAGAGCUGACAUGUGUUAAAGAUGAAGAGGUCCCUCGACUGGACUGUGAUUCUAUUAAAGAGGAAUUCAUAGAACAGGAAUGUGUCCCCAUCGCAGAGGAAGUUCCUACUGAAAAUAAUGUCUGUACACUUGAGGAGAACAACAAGCUGGGAUCCAGCCUGUGUGAUGAUUGUCCACCUGAAUGUGAACUGGGAUUUAGAGCUUCUACAGUAGAUGAAGGAGAACACGACUCCACUCCAUCACCCCACUGCAAAAACUCUUCCAGUGGCAAACUGCAGUGCACGAAACACAGAGAGAUGAUCCAUGAAGAACAUAUAAAGAAAUUCAAAACUUGUAAAGAAUUCAUUUUAACCGAGCAAGACAGACCACCACUUACUCUGCAGAGUACAGAGACUGCACCGCCUGUGUGUGUGAACAAUUCUGAAACUCAGGGCAACUUGAAGACCUUGCCUUGCUCUACUAAAGGUGGGAAGAGUUCCUGUCAAAUAGGAUCGCCUAAAACUGACAAGAGAAAUCACACUGGAGGGACUCCAUUUCUCUGUGCUGAUUGUGGUAAGAGUUUCAGUUGUUCAUUCCAUCUGAAAACACACGAGCGUGUUCACACAGGAGAGAAACCUCAUUACUGCACUCAGUGUGGGAAGAGAUUCACACAGUUGGGACAUCUUCAAUCACACCAGCGCAUUCACACAGGAGAGAAACCUUAUCUCUGCAAUUACUGUGAGAAGAGAUUCACUCGGUUACAACAUUUAAAAGCACACCAGCGCAUUCACACAGGAGAGAAACCUUAUCACUGCAAUGAUUGUGAGAAAUGCUUCCGUGAAUUAGGAGAUCUUAAAAAACACCAACGAAUUCACACAGGAGAGAAGCCAUACCACUGUAAUGACUGCGAGAAGAGUUUCACUCAGUUACAACAUUUAAAAAAACACCAACGAAUUCACACAGGAGAGAAGCCAUACCACUGUGAUGACUGUGAGAAGAGUUUCACUCAGUUACAACAUUUAAAGAAACACCAGCGCAUUCACACAGGAGAGAAACCAUACCACUGUAAUUAAUGUCAGAAGCGCUUCAGAGAAUUAGUAAGUCUUAAAAAACACCUCAGAAUUCACCCAGCAGUGAAACCCUGAAUGCUGAAUGCUGGGAAAGGUUUCAUCUGGUGGAGCACAUUCAAAACCAGAACGUCUUAGCAAGACAAAAACCCUGUCACUGAAGAAUAAUGUGAUUUAAAUAUAUAUUAUAUAUAAACAUUCCUUCACAAAGACAUCUCAGAAGUGUUUAUUGCACCGGCUGCAUUUACAGACAAGAGGAUAACAUUCCGGUUGGAGAUAUCAGAGCUUCAACAAAACUGACACAGUGUGAGACACUAUUUCACACCAUCGCUGGUAAGAGAGAGACAUGCAGAGAUGUUUAACUCAUGGGAGGUGUUGCUUUCAGAUAUCUCACUGACUGAGACUGCAAUCAUUAAUUCAGCAAUAAACAUCUAUUGAUGGGACACAUGGGACCGUGCCAGGACUUCAUUGCCUUUGUUUCAAUCUAGGGGCGGGUUUCAGAACAAAACAAAUAUGACUGAACUGCCGUUUGGCUGUCUUCAUGAGCAUAUAUAGUCUGCAGUCUUAUAAUAUUACUAUUACAGUAAUUUUUCGAGAAAUCUUGAGAUUGUUGUGUUUUGAUUUGAGAGCAACUACAGAUAUUUGCCUUGGCAUCAGUGCCAAGGCAGCAGUGUGGAGUAGUGGUUAGGGCUCUGGACUCUUGACCGGAGGGUUGUGGGUACUUUACCUAGAUUGCUCCAGUAAUAACCCAACUGUAUAAAUGGGUAAUUGUAUGUCAAAAUAAUGUGAUAUCUGUAAAAUAUGAAAUAAUGUACAAUGUGAUAUGUUGUAAAAAUUGUAAGUCGCCCUGGAUAAGGGCAUCUGCUAAGAAAUAAAUAAUAAUAAUAAUCAGAAAUUUGGAACAACUUAAUUGAAAACAGCACUGCGUGCUUCAAGCUAAUCAUAAAACAUUACAUGGACACGCAGCUGUUUCUGAUAAAAGCACAGUGUCAAUGGACACAAUACAUGUCCAUCUGCAAAACUUAAUACUCAGUAAAAGCAAUCACUGAUGUCCAGUUGCUGUAUUUUUAAAAUGUACUGGACAUGGCAGCCAUCAAUUCCUUCAUUUUGUACAAGGAAUGCACCGGGGAAAAUAUCAGUAGGCGAGAUUUCAUCUUGAUGCUAGUCAUGGAGCUUUGGCAGAAACAUUUCAAUCAGAAAACUGCAAAGGGCAGGGAAGUCCAGUUCAACCUGGAUACAGUGCGCACGAAGUGACACACACAACAGAAUACAAAGCCAGGUAACUAAAUGCAAUAAAAAUACAACUUCUGAUAUCUAUGCCCAAGGUGAAAGAGCAGUAUGUGGUAAAUGCACACAAGAAGUUGAUAAGCGUUACAUCUGUGUGGAUUGUGCUAAUAUGAGGGCUACUUUGAAGUAUGUUUCCCUGAAUGCGCAGUCAAGUUACACAAUGGGAGUUAUUUUCUUUAUGUUAUUUUUUAGAAAUAAUUCCUUUGUUUUUACAAUUUUGUAUGUAUAUAUAUACCAGUUUACAGAUAUUUACACAAUUAUCUUUUCAAAUGUUUAUUUUAUUAUAGUUUUAUUUUUGUUGUUGUCAUGUGUUAUGUGCUAAUUUUGAAAAUAAAGCCUUAGUUAAAUAGUGUUUCUGCUAUGUUAGAUAUGAUGUUCAUGAAUACAUCUUCUGAGUUGUAUUUGAAAGUUUGUCUUUCAUUUUCAUAGCGUAGCGAAGAUUGCUGUGAGGAAGAUGUUAGUAGUGUUAAAAGGUUAGCACUUCUGUCUUGCAUACACGGACUAAUUAAAGUUACACUGCAAAACUACCAGUGUGCUCUCACCUUUCAUGCUUUUCCUGGAGACUCCAUUUAGCGAAGUCCUCAGUGGUAAGCAGCCUAUUCUAAAUCAUUGCACCUGCUACUGUUUGAAAUGUACCUGCUGAAGCGCGGAGGCACG